GGGGCCCUUGCGGGAGGGGCGGGUCAUCCCUGCUUCUCCUCGGGUCACGUGUGGCAGGAAGUAGCGCCUGCUGCGGAGUUUUCGGGAUGGGGACCUCCCUGGACAUUAAGAUUAAAAGAGCGAACAAGGUUUAUCACGCCGGGGAGAUGCUCUCGGGCGUGGUGGUCAUCAGUGGGAAGGACCCCGUGCAGCACCAGGGCCUCUCCCUGACCGUGGAAGGCACCGUGAACCUCCAGCUCAGCGCCAAGAGCGUGGGUGUGUUCGAAGCUUUCUACAACUCCGUGAAGCCGAUCCAGAUUAUCAACAGCACCAUCGAGAUGGUGAAGCCGGGGAAGUUCCCCAGCGGCAAAACCGAAAUUCCUUUUGAAUUUCCUCUGCACGUGAAGGGGAACAAAGUUCUGUACGAGACCUACCAUGGCGUGUUUGUCAACAUUCAGUACACCCUGCGCUGUGACAUGAAGCGGUCGCUGCUGGCCAAAGACCUGACCAAGACCUGCGAGUUCAUCGUGCACUCGGCGCCUCAGAAGGGGAAACUGACUCCGAGUCCCGUGGACUUCGCCAUCACCCCCGAGACCUUGCAGAAUGUCAAAGAGAGAGCCUUGCUCCCCAAGUUCCUGGUCCGAGGACAUCUGAACUCGACCAACUGCGUCAUCACGCAGCCGCUCACGGGCGAGCUGGUGGUGGAGAGCUCGGAGGCCGCCGUCCGGAGCAUCGAGCUGCAGCUGGUCCGCGUGGAGACCUGUGGGUGUGCAGAAGGCUAUGCCCGGGACGCCACAGAGAUUCAGAACAUUCAGAUCGCCGACGGGGACGUUUGCCGGGGCCUCUCGGUGCCCAUAUACAUGGUCUUCCCCCGGCUGUUCACCUGCCCCACACUGGAGACCACCAACUUCAAAGUGGAAUUUGAGGUUAACGUCGUGGUGCUGCUUCAGGGCGACCACCUCAUCACCGAGAACUUCCCGCUGAAGCUCUGCCGGAUGUAGGGAUGGAGCCGGAGGGAGGAUGGAGCCGGAGGGAGCACGGAGGUGCAGGGCGGGGCCCCUCCCGGAGCCGGAGCCGGAGCCACCGCAGGCCCAUCUCAGGGAUUCUGGGCAGAUGUGGACCUGACCCCUCAGAUCCGGUCACCUCCUUCCUCGUGUCCUCCACGCUCCUGCUCCCAGCGGCGCCUGGUCAGUCCUUUCCUUCGAAAGUCAUCGGGACUUCCCAGUGUCUUGGCAAGAUCAUUUCCUGUGACUCCCGCCUUCCAGCUGCUCGUUAGGGACUGAGGACAUGUCUGACCACGGUGUGAGCUUCGCUGGAGUCAGGUCCUGGGGACCUCAGGGGCCAGGCCUGUCUGACCGGGUCGCGACGUGGCCGGGACUGCGAGCCCAGAGC